AUUCUUCCCAGUGAGAAGCAGCCCUUCAACUGUUUUCAGUCGCUGUUGUGGCUGCGAAGAAGAGUGGUCAGGCUGUGUGUUUGGUUCACCGUGAUUCACCCCGAGGCUUAGCGGGACCGCUUCAAAUUGACCGACUAACUGAACCAGCCCCCAGGGGCAUCUGUGAAGAAACUCCAGGUCUGUACCAGCGCAGUUAAUCCCGCAGCGGUGCUGAAGCAGCUGCAGGCGGUAAAAAGCAGAAGAUCGAGCGGAGUGCAGACUGUGGUGAAGGUGGACGGGAUGACGACCCAGCUGUUUGUUUCUUUGUGAAAGAUCUGAGGAGGUUGUGACCAUGCGCUGCCUGGCUGCACGGGUGAACUACAAGACGCUCAUAGUUAUAUGCGCCCUCUUCACACUCAUAACGGUGCUGCUAUGGAACCGCUGCUCCAGUGACAUCUCCAUCCGUUUCCUUCCCCGGGCCGCCUUUGUGGUUCCAAGUGCAAAGAUCAGCAGCAGCCAGCAGCAACCUCCGCAACCCCCCGAGCCUCCACCUGUUGUUGGCGUUGUUGGUGGGAUCAAAUAUGAAGAAAUUGACUGCCUCAUCAACGAUGAGUCCACUAUCAAAGGCAGACGAGAGGGAGGAGAGAUCUACCUGCCCUUCAGUUGGGUGGAAAAAUACUUUGAAGUGUACGGCAAAGUGGUGCAAUAUGAUGGCUAUGAUCGCUUCGAGUUCCAGCACAGCUACUCCAAGGUCUACGCCCAGCGUGAGCCCUACCACCCCGAAGGAGUCUUCAUGUCCUUUGAGGGAUACAAUGUGGAAGUUCGCGAUCGUGUUAAAUGCAUCAGUGGAGUUGAGGGCGUGCCUCUCUCCACCCAAUGGGGCCCUCAGGGUUACUUCUAUGCCAUCCAGAUCGCCCAGUACGGUUUGAGCCAUUACAGCAAAAACCUGACUGAGCGCGCUCCCCACGUCGAGGUCUACGACACAGCCGAGGAGAAGGACAGCAGGGUCAGCACCGCGUCCUGGAGUGUGCCGAAAGGUUGCAGCCUGAGUCGUGUCCAUGACAAGACCAGAUCUACCUCCGUGCGUUCGUUCAGCGCUGCAGACUCCUCAGAGGGCGUAUCCCUGCAGCUGGGCAACUCGAAAGACUUCAUCCUCAGCUUGGACUUAAGGUUCUCCUCCAAUGGCAGUGUGUCGGUGGUCCUAGAAACCACAGAGAAGGGGCCUCCCUUCACCAUCCAUUACGUUACCAACACGCAGCUCAUCGCCUUCAAAGAGCGCGACGUCACCUACGGCAUCGGGCCUCGAUCCUCCUGGAGCACGUUGACCAGAGACCUGCUGACUGACCUCAGGAAGGGAGUCGGGUUGUCGAACACAAAGGCUGUCAAAGCCACAAAGAUCAUGCCCAGACGGGUGGUGCGGCUAGUCCUGCAUGGACAUGGCUUUGUUGAUAACGUCACCAUCUCCACCACUGCCCACAUGGCCGCCUUCUUCGCCGCCAGCGACUGGCUGGUGCGCAACCAGGACGAGCGAGGGGGAUGGCCCAUCAUGGUCACCCGAAAACUGGGCGAGGGCUUCCGGCCCCUAGAGCCCGGCUGGUACUCGGCCAUGGCCCAGGGCCAGGCUAUGUCCACCUUGGUGAGAGCCUACCUCCUCACCAAGACCCAGGCUUACCUCAACGCUGCUCUCAAGGCGGUGGGACCGUACAAGGUGCCUUCAGCGCAGCACGGGGUCAAAGCGGUGUUCAUGAACAAGUACGACUGGUAUGAGGAAUACCCCACAACGCCCAGCUCGUUUGUGCUCAACGGCUUCAUCUACUCCCUGCUGGGACUUUAUGACGUUGCUGACACGGCGGGAGAGAUCCUGGGCAGAGAGGCGGGGCAGCUGUUCAGCCGUGGCAUGGAGUCCCUCAAGGCCAUGCUGCCCCUCUUCGACACGGGGUCCGGGAGCAUCUACGACCUGCGUCACUUCAUGCUGGGCACGGCGCCCAACCUGGCCCGAUGGGACUAUCAUACCACACACAUUAACCAGCUGCAGCUGCUGGCAUCCAUAGAAAACGCUCCCAUCUUCAGGGAUGUGGUGAAGCGCUGGAAGAACUACUUAAAAGGGAUUCGUGCCAAGCACAACUAGUCGAACUCAGCAGAUUUUACCACUGAGUUUAGAAGAGAAUCAAUGUUUAGGCUGUAAGAGCAAAGCAGAAGAUUUUAUAGAGAAAUGUGUGUGUGAUGGUGUGCGGGGGUGCGUGUGCAUGCGUGAGUCACUCCUGGUUAACGGCCUGAAAGAUGAGUUGUGAUACUUUAACUUUGUGCGCACUGUUGCUGGUUUGACAUUUGCUGCUACGUUGACUGUAGCUCAAAGUUUGCGUCCCUGGAGCUAGUGUUUGUAAUUAUACACAGGCCUAGCUUCAGCGUGUGAGUGUUUGCAUUCAUAAAGAAUGAUUGUGUGUUUUGUUAAAAAAAACAAAAAAAUCUACAUAGAAAAAAAAAUACACAUUGGAAUAUUUUUGACUUUCUUUAAUGCAUCAAGAUUUCUCUUAUACGUUUUCUACUUUUAAUCAGAUUUCAGAGGUUUACUGAAGUAAGCUGUGAAAAUCAGAGGGCGUAUAAAUGUUGCCAAGAGAAGUUAAUAUUAUCAAAAGAUAGUUUAACAGUUUAUAUUUUUCCAGUGCGUGCUCAUUGAUCAUUUUAGUUACAUUUCACAGAUAUAAUGACAAUGAAGGAUUAUCUCAGUUUUUUUUUCUCCUUUCUCAUUUUUUCAUCUGUUAGUUUGUCUAAAAAUAUUCAAUAGAUGUCUAGCAAGCUGUUUGAAGUCAGCUCUGAAGGAUAAGUAAUGGAGGUAGCAGAAGUGUAUCUGAGAUAAACCCAUCAAGCUUUAAUCUUUAACAGUUGUGAACGCUGUUGCUACCAACAAACUCCUCUUAGCUGCUUUGCUGUGUUUUUAAUAGGACACUAAAACAGGAAACCAGGCCAGGCAAAAGAAAAACCUCUGCUUCUCUUUGGGUUCACUUUGGAAAGUUAACGUGUCGUCUGUGAGACCUCUUCUGAACCGGCAUGAGCGCCACGGUGAUUGCAGCUAAUCACAGAUCAGGAAAAGAAAAAUUAGCAAAAGAAACAUUGGCCGUCCUUUGCAGCAUCCUCCACAUUUAUUGGCACCCCGACUAAAAAUGCUUUAAACACCUUCCUAAAUUCAUCUCAUCUUCUAUGUGCAUAAUCCCAGUCUAGACUACUCAUUUCAGUUUAAUGGACUCAAGCUCAAGGAUUUAUUGAAGACAGCAUUCUGACCAUCUUCCCCUUGUGUGUCCUUGUUUAUUAGCAGCUUCAGUACUUUUAAACCAUAGAAAUUUACCAGUUUUAUACGCGUCUUACUUGAAUGGCGUGCUCUUUUCUUUCCUAUUUUGAAGACUGGCAAAGAGAAAUGUCUAUUCCUGUACACUGAUCAAUACACCUGAAGUACACAUGAAAAAAGUCAGUUAAAUUUUUCUUCCUUUUUUAGAGACUCCAAUCAUUAAUAUGAUUUUCAAAACUUCAGUGUGUGAUUACAGUAUUGCAAUAAAAAAUUGAUUUAUUUUAUUCAUUUUCUUUUUACUUAGGGGUGCCUACAAACAUGGAGAGUUAAGUUUAUGACUCAGGAAAAGAACAGAUCAAAGCUAACCUUUCUUAAAGACGUGUUGGCAACACGACUGCGACUAGAAAUAGUUGUUGCCUCACUUAUCAAUGCUUUUGUUUGCCGAGUUCUAAAAAAUAAAUUCACUAGAUCACUCCUAAUUUAGCGGUCUAACAAUUAAACCAUUGUUGUUCAUUUUCCUUGCGAACGUUUCCAUCUUAAAAGCCUUUCUUCUGUCGCACUCUAGCCCUGAUUAUUCCCAGAAACAAGUGUGGGCGGUGUCGACGCACGUGGAGGUAGACGGAUGUGGGCAGCGGGGCCGCAGCUGUCACGUCGGUUCAAAGCGUUUAGAUCCAGACAAUGCCAGCAACAGCUGGAGAUAAAUUCUCAAACACGGAUGCUGCCGGUCCCCGCAGACUCCUGUUGCUCCCUCUCACCUCUUCUAAGAGCGUGAACCCAACCGUUUUUAAUCCGAGCCACGCAGAGGACGCUCACAACUCACCCGGCUAAUAGGGUGGAGAGGCCGCUCGCGGUUCCAGUCGCUGGCUGCGGAUGAGUCAGUGCCCUCUCCAAACAAAGUGGAGCUCCUCCUCGGCAUCGAUGGAGCUCUGAUCGAUCUGCUUUAUAGAUUAACACCGGGAGAUUCGGGGUGAUUCAUCCUUUCGGGGGAGCUGGUGGGGAUUUUCAUUUAGAAAAAUUGUGUAAUCGGAGAUCAGAUCGUAUUCCCACACAGUCGGCUUUCAAGUUUUAAUGCGCGCUAAGCGGACAAAAUCGAAGGACCCAGUGAUUUAUUUUGAUGCAGUGUUGGAUUGAGUUAAUCCUUUUAUAGCCGAGACAUCUCAUUCUGUUUGGUUGAUCCUGGAAAUGGAACCUUUUACUCACUCUGUGUUUUUGCGUGUUUCUUCUUUAUUGCAAAGUUUAUUACUUUCUUUAAAAACCAAGAAGCAUGUGAGCCAUCUUUUCUCCAUUUUGCUCCUAGACAGUAUUCACCUAAUUGACACAGGAGCAAAAAUCCAUCUUCGAAAAAGGAACAUUCAUAACUGGAAAUUUUGUGUUUUGAUACAAAUUUCUAUGUUAUUUUAUACCAAAGUCACUUAGUGGGUAAGUUUAUUUGUAUAUAUUUGUGCAAACUGACUUCCAUUCAGCAUUUGGCGUUAGGUUUCCGCAGACACAUUUUGGAGAAACACUGCCUUUCGAUUUUAGGUGUAGACUGAGCGGAUUAUAAGCAUGUUAAGCUUGCUUAUAAGAAAAAGGAGAUUUGUGCAGCCAGUGGUUAGUUUAGUCUGCUUCUGAUUUAGAGGGAAACGAACAGAGAGCUGCAAGCGUCUUCUUUUCCAGGAUCUGUCGGGUUCAGAAGCUGCGGGUUAAGUUCGUUUUGGUUAAUAAAAGCACAACUGCAGGUUAUCGUCAACUGAUUAGUUGCAUUUCUUCUUGAGUUUUUUUUUUUUCUUGUUUUAGGAUAAUGUGCAACAGCUUUGCUAAGCUGCUGUUGUUGUUCACUGUGUAAAAAUGGGUAUGGGAACUUGUUUUCUUCUCACUUCAGUAGAAUCUCUGAUUUAACAGAAAUCUUCAACAAAACGACCUUUUGAGGUCAGUGUGAUUUAUGCAAUAAGAUGUUUACUGGGACUGGUGACUCCACCACAGACCCAGAGUGGUUGUUUAGAGUUUGCAAUCUAAGCACAAUGUGCAAAUGCUCCCAUUUUUUUAGUCCAAGUAAGAGGUGUUUAUAUACAGAGUAAAUCUUUGUGCUUUAAAACUUUGCUUUCUAAAAGUGUAAAAAAAAUAAAAUAAAAUAAAAUCAUUUUUCUUAAA